GCCAAACAGGAAAAGACCCAAAGUCGUUUUGAUCAGCCGUUUUGUCAAAUACUUUAACUUUUUUUUUUUUUUUUUUACAAAACUUUAUGAAAAAAAGAAAUUCUGACGCCAUAACUAAGACAAGUACCCUAUGUGUGUUAAACUCGGUGAAGGAAAUAAAAAAAAAACAGAAAAUGGACACGAAAAUUAAGGUAGGCUGCGUCUUUAGUUCGGUUUACAAUAUUAGAUGGAUGUGUUGUCAAAAUAAGUCUAUUCGUCGAUAUUUUUUGUCUUAAAUGUCGAACAAUGAAUGUUUUGUUCUGCAGAUGAGCCAACCACAGACUCUGGAAGCUAAAGUGCUGCUUUGGUAUGAGUUAGGCUAUGUCUCCCUUUUUUUAUUUUUUAUUUUCUUGCUUGACUAUUGCCUUUCCCCAAAUAUAGCUAUAUCUAUGUUUUAUCUUCAGGACAGACAUCAGCUACCAUGACAUGGAGCAGAUCGAGAAGAUGCAGUCCCUUCCUGAUCUGAAGAGGUGUCCGCACCAUUUUAAAACAGUAUUCUAUCAGUUUAUUCACACACAGCACGAACAUAAGUUUGUCUCCUUUUGUGAUAGUGUUUUAAGCAGUGUCCUUGGGGUUGACCUUCCUGAGCCAAAAAGGGGAGUUCUGCUGGAGUUGUAUGCCCACACUGUGCUGUUCUGCAGAGAGAGCAGCCUCAACAAAGAACAAACCUCUGUGCUGUUGUCCAUUAUCAAGUCUGUUCAUGAGGCUAACACUAGUACGUUAACUCAUAUUAUCAGUACUACCUCAUAGUUAGAUAUCUAGUGCAUACUGUACAUUUAAGAAACCCACCUCCACCAAAUAUAAUUUUCAGACUCAAGAUCAUGUGACUUGCAUUAAUCCUCUAUGGCAAAUCUUACAAGUCAGUGAAGUCCUCUUAAAAUAUUUCCCAAUUUAUCUAUGGAUUUGUUUAAUACUUGUUUCUUGCAGUGACUCCACUCAACAACAUAGAUGACUGUUUCAAAUACUGCAAGGAGCUACUUCUCUGUCACUCUGUCAGGGUCUGUAAUACUGUAUUAUUUUACAUCAUUUUAUCACUGUUACAUAACAUACAUAUAAUGUUUCUGUGUGUUUGGCUACUACAGCGACCUCCUUUUAGUAUUAACCUCUUCAGUCCUGAGGAGGGGAGCUGUAUUUUAAAGUACAUCUAUAACAGCUAUGUGAGGCACUACAAGCUCUACAAAUACAUCUUUACUCCACAAGUGAGUCUGAGGUUUUUUAAAUUAUCAUCUAGGCGAUUUAUUUUUUUAUAUUUUUGAAGUAUUCAAACCCUUUUCAAUUCAUCUUAAUUUUGGUGCUGUGAAAACACAUACAGAUUAUGAACUGCUGUUAUUUUUGACAGGUUAAACUUGAUUUGUCUUUGACUUACUCUGAGAGCCCGAACCAAGGUGCAACACCUGUGGAGGAUUCACUCUCUAAAGGUAAAGAUGAUGAAAGAUAUUAACUGAGUCUUAUUAUAGCAGCAUAACAUUAUUCGUGUUAAGUGCUGAGUCUAAGACUUCAUCACACCUCAGAGACUUGUUUUACAAACAAAAAUGUGCGAGUGAUGAGAUAAUAUCUUUAAUUACCCAUUGUCAGAGCCUACAGGAUGCUGGGGUGGUUGAGCUUUAAUAUGAGCACAGCACCACUGCAGGGUAGAAUUGGCAAUGAUAGUGCUAGAGUGGAGGCCAAAAUUCUUGCAAUUAUGUUACAUGAAGCAAAAAUUGACCUUUCAAUUCAACAGUUAUCUUAGUCUUCAGUGCUUCUCUUCCAAUAGAUGAAGAACCGAAAGCAGAUAGCUCUUCUGAAACACAGGAGGCACCCAUCGCAGAGCCAAACGACACCACAUUGGGUAUAAUCAGAUAUAAAACAGAUCUCUGUGAUAAGCACUCUCAAGUCAACAUCUUCAAAUGGUUGUCUCUGCUUUAUUUUCUCAUCUCCAGGUUCAAAACAGGAGCUGAAGACACUUAUAGAGAAAGAAAUCAGAGAGCAGAUGAUGUUCGUGUCUGGACAACUUGAUCAGCGCAUGAGAGAAAUAACCAACCAGCACAACAGUGCUCCUGAAUCCCCACAGCCCAGAAUCAACAAGGCCAAAAAAUAAUGGAAGACAUGCAAAUAAAGCAAGACAACUCACACUUAAACAUAUGCUUUAUUGUGAAUAAAUCUUUUUUCUUGGAACAAUAAAA